AUGAGUGUUACAAUCAUGGCUCAUUUGAUUACUGUGGCUACAUGCAAUCUCAACCAAUGGGCAUUGGACUUUGAAGGCAACAGAGAUCGGAUCAUAGGGUCAAUUGAGAUUGCCAAAUCAAAAGGCGCAAAGUUAAGAGUUGGACCUGAAUUGGAAGUAUGUGGAUACGGAUGUCUUGAUCAUUUCCUCGAAAAUGAUGUUUAUGAUCAAUCAUGGGAAAUUUAUAGUGAGAUCUUAAGCGAUCCACGGACCCAAGGAAUUGUUUUAGAUAUUGGAAUGCCCAUAAUCCAUAAGUCAAUUAAGUACAAUUGUCGGAUCAUUUCUUAUAAUGGUAAAAUCUUAUUGAUACGUCCUAAGUUGUAUUUGGCCAAUGAUGGCAACUAUCGUGAAAUGAGGUAUUUCACUCCCUGGAAUCGACCAAAGUAUUUUGAAGAGUUCCAUUUACCUUCAAAGAUCAUCAAGAUCAGUGGUCAGAAUAAAGUUAUCUUUGGUGACUGCGUAAUUCAAACCAGAGAAACCAAAUUAGGGUUUGAAACCUGUGAGGAGCUUUUCACUCCUCAAAGUCCUCAUAUAGCAAUGGCUUUAGAUGGAGUUGAAAUCUUUACCAAUAGUUCUGGAUCCCAUCAUGAAUUAAGAAAGUUGAACACUAGAAUGAAAUUGAUUACCGAAGCAACCACUAAAUGUGGAGGUGUAUAUCUUUAUGCUAAUCAAAAGGGUUGUGAUGGUGAUAGACUUUAUUAUGAUGGGUGUGCAUCCAUUGUACUUAACGGUAAAAUGUUGGCUCAGGGUUCACAGUUUUCAUUGAAAGACAUUGAAGUCCUUACAGCUACAAUUGAUCUUGAUGAUGUAAGAUCUUAUAGAAAUCAAAAAUCAGCUUCAAUGCAAGCAGUCUUGACUGAAGAAGUUUAUCAUACUAUUGAAACUGAUAUUGAAUUGGCACCUUCUUCUCAUGUUUUUGAUCCAACAAUUAGACCUACAUUGGAACAAGAAGUCAAAUACCAUCUUCCAGAGGAAGAGAUUGCUCUUGGUCCUGCUUGUUGGUUAUGGGAUUAUUUGCGGAGAUCUAAAUGUGCUGGUUAUUUCCUUCCCUUAAGUGGAGGUAUUGAUUCUUGUGCUACUGCCACAAUUGUUCACCUGAUGUGUCUAUUGGUAGUUGAAGCAGUUCGAAACGGUGAUAAGCAAGUUUUGGAAGAUAUCCAAACUUUGGUUCAUGAUAAUACUUUUAUUCCUCAAACUCCUCAAGAAAUUGCUUCAAAACUCUUCUAUACAAGCUUCAUGGGUACAGUUAAUUCCUCUAAAGAAACAAGAUAUAGAGCUAAGGAAUUGGCCACUAAAAUCGGAUCUUUCCAUGUUGAUAUGAAUAUGGAUACCCUUGUUACUGCUGUGGUUAAUGUAUUUGAAGUAGCAACCGGGAAGAAACCCAUCUUUAAGAUCUUUGGAGGUUCUCAAACCGAAAACUUGGCUUUACAAAACAUUCAGGCACGUUUAAGAAUGGUUUUGGCUUAUUUGUUUGCUCAAUUGUUACCUUGGACAAGACGUAUUUCUGGAGGAUUGUUGGUGCUAGGGAGUGCUAAUGUUGAUGAAUGCUUAAGAGGAUAUUUGACCAAAUAUGAUUGUUCUUCCGCUGAUAUUAAUCCUAUUGGAGGAAUUUCUAAAACUGAUUUGAAAAGGUUCAUCGCUUGGGCAGAAAUCAACUUUGAAUUACCAAUUUUGAAUGAAUUCUUAACCGCAACCCCAACUGCUGAAUUGGAACCAAUCACUGAGAAUUAUGUUCAAUCAGAUGAAGUAGAUAUGGGAAUGACUUAUGAUGAAUUAUCAAGAUUUGGAAGAUUAAGAAAAGUUGAAAAAUGUGGGCCUUAUUCCAUGUUUAUCAAAUUAUAUCAUGAAUGGUCUCAACCGCCUUAUUCAUUAACUGCUGAACAAGUUGCAGAAAAGGUUAAACGGUUUUGGUUCUUUUAUGCCAUUAAUAGACAUAAGAUGACCACUAUGACGCCUGCCUAUCAUGCUGAACAAUAUUCACCUGAUGAUAACAGAUUUGACUUGAGACCAUUUUUGAUUAAUCCUAGGUUCCCUCAUGCAUCCAAAAAAAUAGACCAAGUGGUUAAGAUUAUCAGUGAACGGGAAAAGAAGAUUGCGGAGAGUAACUUGAGUGUUGAUUGA